CACUGAUCCAUUCAUAUAGCACUCUAGAUCAGUUCAGUAAUCCCAAGCUCAAUGGCGUGAUAACAAGAAUCAAGAUUGCGGAAAAGUAACUUCAAGAUAAGAAGGAAGUUCACAGGACUCUUUGUAGUGGUUGAGAAGGCAGAGAUAGCAUAUGUUUCUUGUGGAGCAUGAGUUUCAAGAAAAAGCCCAUUUUAAUCCCUGACACUUUGGGUGAAGAAUUGCAUGACCAUCUACCUAAAAGUCGGGUUGAGCUGCAUAUUCACUUGGACGGUGCUAUCCGGCAUGAAACAAUUUGGGAGCUGCUCAAGUCGAAAAAUAUUCCACUUCCUGGAAAUGGGUCCCUGACUGCCUUAAAAAGAGAUCUUUCCGUGAGGAAGCCGAAAGAUUUGAUGCAUUUUCUUGACGGGUUCAAGACCUUCUUUCCCAUUUACAUUGGUAACCUGAGAGUGAUUGAGAGGAUCGCAUUAGAAUUUUGCGAGGAUGAAGCCGGUCAUGGAGUGGCUUAUGUGGAGGCUCGGUUCUCCCCACAUCUUAUGCUCUGUCCCAAAGCGCCAGAAGUCACAACCCAAGAUAUCAUCAAGGCUGUCUUGGCCGGGUUUAAAGAAGGAGAAACCAAGUAUUCUAUUAAGGCCUUGGACAAGCUUCAUGCCGAGCGCAUAGGUCAUGGAUAUCGGGUUUUGGAGGAUGAGACCCUUUACAAAAGGUGCUUGAAGGAGAAUGUUCACUUCGAAUGUUGCCCCCACUCGUCCAUUUUUACGGGGUCCGUCUCUCUGGAACAUGUGGUGAAGCACCCUGUGAUUCAAUUUGCCAUCGACGAUGCCAACUUUUCCAUCAAUAGUGAUGAUCCAACGAUUACCAACACCUAUCUGCCCGAAGAGUAUGAUAUAGUCCAGUCUUGGGGCCUGACCGAGGCCCAUUUAACUAGAGCGAACUUCAACGCCGCCAAAGCAUCAUUUUUGCCAGAUGAUGAGAAGAGGACUUUAAUUAAAGACCUGAGAAAGGCGUAUGGAGUGAUUGAUGGAUAAGAUGGAAUUGCAAUAACUCUUUGAGUUUAAAAGCGCAUCGAGAUCAUUUCGAGUUUUACAAAUAAAAAGAUCAAUUCAAAACGUAUCGAUCAAACGAUCAAAACAA